CACGCAUAUAUAUAAAUAUAUAAACACACAUUGAUCCAAAAAAGCAGAACACAGACACUUUAGUAAGUUUAAUUAUCAGACAGAACUUUAAGCUUCUUUGUGUUUCUUACUAUGUCGAACAUUAGCGAUUCUCCGACCACGGGGAAUAAACAAAUGACGACGUUUCCUCUAGCUUCAGUCGCAUUGCCUUCCAAACCUUCUGAUCAUCAGUCUCCUCAAUCCUCUCCAGGCUCAUCUUCUUCCCCAUCUCCGUCACCGAGACCUUCUCACUCCGCCGGUGGAUCUUCCACGAAGAGAACGACGACCGGAUUAUCCGGCCGGCACUCAUUUUUCAGGGGGAUUCGGCUACGGAACGGAAAAUGGGUGUCGGAGAUUCGAGAGCCGCGUAAAACGACGCGAAUUUGGCUCGGGACUUAUCCGGUACCGGAGAUGGCUGCCGCCGCUUACGACGUUGCGGCGCUGGCUCUGAAAGGCCCCGACGCCGUUUUGAAUUUUCCUGGUUUGGCUUUGACGUAUGUGGCUCCGGCUUCGAACUCUGCUGCGGAUAUAAGAGCUGCCGCCGCGAGAGCCGCCGAGACGAAGCAACCGGACCCGGGUGGAGUCGAGAAGGUAAUGGAACCGGGUCAACCCGGAAGGGAGGAGGAGGAAAAAGCAAUGCUUUCUUCGUUGGAGUUUAUGGACGAGGAAGCCAUGUUGGAUAUGCCGAAUUUGUUGACGGAGAUGGCGGAAGGGAUGCUGAUGAGCCCACCCAGAAUGAUAAAUCCGACGAUGGAGGAUGAUUCGCUGGAGAAUCAUGAAGGAGAUAGUCUCUGGAGUUACAAAUGAUUCCAUCUAAGCGGUCAUUUUCUUCUUCUCUCUUCCUUUUCAGGUCCUAUGAGAUUUUUGUUUUUGUUUUUGUUUUUUUUUUGCUUUUUGGGUCGUUGUUGUUGUCAAUCAAAACAGGUUAUUAAGAUCUAAUAUGCUGCAUGCUGAAUUGCUCUAUGAUUGUUAUAUUUUUUUCUACUUAUGAUUUAUAUGAGGCAAAUAUAGUCACAGAAUUAUAUUUUUGGUAGACUGUGUUUCUUUUUGUGUAUAAAAGUUCUACUAAGUUGUGUA